GGCUUCCCACGGCUGUAAGUACGUCAUUUUAUAGACAAGCUCUACAUUUGAGGAAAGCAGUCACCACAACGAUGGUCAUCUUAACACUGACCACCACGAUGGUCAUCAUAACAGUGACCAUUGGAAUACAGACAGAGGAUGUCUCCGUGGACAAGGAGAUCGACCGUGACCUUGGCUUUGUAAUGAACCACGGUCUAAUUACUCCAGAAUCUCAGCGUAUGGUGGACACGGCAUUGGAGAAAGAUGACGAGGAAUGGAUUGACGACAACAUCGAUGAAUUGAGGGAUGAUUUAUUAGAGGAAGAAUCAGAUGAGAAUAGAGAUGAGGCGGAGGAGGGGACAUAUAGGCGGUCCCGUGUCAAGAGAUUUCUCCUGAACAAGCCCAGUAAAUUAUGGCCCAAAUGUGUGAUACCCUACACCUUGGAUAUGACCACGCUAAUACCUGAAAAGGUCGGUGAAAUCCACUCAGCCAUGGCGAUGUAUGAAUACUGGACUGGUUUCCGGUUUGUUCCCUGGACCGCAACCACAGGCCAGGACCUCGGUUUGGGCCAUGACAACCAUCUCAACUUCGGUAAACAUUCAGGAUGCUGGUCACAUGUUGGCAUGCUGUCGACAGGGGCACGAGGUCAGAACAUCUCUUGCUGCCAAGGGAAAACUUGUAUACACGAGAUUGGACACGCACUUGGCUUCAGUCACGAACAGCAGAAUCCUUACAGAGAUGAUUACGUCCGGAUUAACUACGAGAACAUCAAACCAGAUAAAUGGUACGCCUUCCACAAAUUGAAAGUUCACAGCAAGAGGACGCUUUUCCCAUGGAGAUAUGAUUACACAUCUGUUAUGCAUUACGGUUUUAAGGCUUUCAACAAGAACGGGCGUCCCGUGAUUACAAUGUUGGAUCCUCACAUGAAGUAUUUAGUAGGAGAAAAAGACUCUGAGUUCUAUUACUUUCUGAGGGAAGCUGAGCAUGUGUACAGGUGUACAGAUGAAAAAUGUCCAGACUUUAACGCGACUUGUGCCUUUGACGGGUACUUGACCUACAGGAAGGGUCGUUGCGAAUGUCGCUGUAUCGCCGGACUAGAUCCCGCCACCAACUGUACGAGUAUCGAAGGAGUUGCCAGCACAAAAGAAAAGGUCCAUUGGCCGACAGGAGGCUUCGCAAUCCUCAAGGUGAAAGACGUGUCCUGUCCUGAUGGUUCUGAAGUCGGCUCCGUCACCCAUUUCGGACAAGGAAAACGAUCCCCUGACUACAACGUGGCCGGAAGUGUGACGUCGAAAGCUACCAAACUCGUAUUCUGUACUUUUAAAUCCACGAGGUCUGAACAUUCAAUCAAGUGGCCACCAGGAGAAUACUGCGUGUCUCGAGUUGGAGGAACAUGUCCAGAAGGGUUUACGAAUGGGUUCUUACAAUACGCAGACGCAAGACCUCCCGUCACUUCCGGGACAAUACCUGACGGCAACUUUAUAAAAAAUACAAAGUUGGAGUUCUGCUGCAGAAGUGAUGGAAACAGAAAUAGCCCAAUUGAACUUCCGGUUUCACAGCCAUUGAUUCUAUGGAAGCGGAAUAAAAAGAAUUGUCAAAAAGUGAAAGGCGCUGUGAGUUUUCCUCAGUAUUUUGAAUUUGCUAAUCAGCCGGGUAAACGAAUUGCCAAGAUAAACAGACCUUUGCCUCAACAUAAGAGAAGACAAAGAAGAGUGAUGCUUCACUUGUGUCUUUAUAGACCAGUACAAACAGGUUGUGGCGGUAUUAUCCACCUGACGAAAUCUGACGCCAUUAAGGAACUGACGUCACCCGGCUACCCUGCCCCCUACCGGCCUCUCUCUGUGUGUACCUGGGUAAUACAGAGUCCUCCUAAUACAACAAUGUUGUUAAGAUUUUCCGAAUUUGAAAUUCCGGCGUCAACUGACGAUCCAUCUGUUUGUGAGGAUAAAGUGGAGAUUCGCUCAUUUCUGCCGGGACAACCCGGCAUAUCGUACUGUGGCAGCGGAUUCCGGCAGUCGGUCGUGUCACAGUCGAACAUUAUGUCUGUGAUCCUACGAUCAAAGACCUCACAGAAAGGGAAUCGUCACUUCCGGGCUAGCGUAUCCCUGGCACCCCAAGACGACGCUUUGUGCUACCUUCCUAGCGAUAAUGGCUGGACAUACAGAGGAGACGUCAACUUCACGCACGACCUACAGAGUUGUCUACCCUGGCGUGACGUUACCCACUGUCGUCAUCACGAUUUUGCGGAGAGUGACCGUUUUGCUGGCCUAGACGGUAACAAAUGCCGGAGUCCAGGACUAGGUACUAGACCCUGGUGUUACACGCAUGCUGAUGAUUGCAGGCGAGACUACUGUGACGUAUGUGGUAUCGGUGGAUGCUUUGAUAUCCUUGACGAUUGCAUGUCUUCCGUAGCAGCCGAUUCGGCAUACUGCACUCUUGGCCGUCAUAUACAGGAAGGGGUUGUCGGAUGCGCACGCACAUGUGGUCUAUGUGAUACUCAAAGCAGGACCCCAGUUACUUCCAUGCGAUGUAGUAGUCCAACACUUCCUGUCGACGGAGAGUUUCUGGAUCAAAUAAAAGAGUUCUAUCUUGUUGGAGAGAACGUCCACAUCCGCUGUGUUAGUGGUGGUAAUAUCCGGAGGCUGACUUGUCUGACAGACGGCACAUGGGCGGGGGAAGGUCGAGUCUGUCAAGUUUGUCCUGAUGACUGGAGCAUACUGGGGGACUAUUGCUACAAGCACUUUCCAGACCUAGUCAAAGAAGCGAAAGCUACCAGGCGAUGUCAAAGCGAGGGUGGUCAGCUUGUCAUGACAAAAACAACAUAUGAGCAUAACUUCAUUUUGAAUAUGUUACUAAGCAAUCCUUCGGAUAUCUGGUUGGGGCUAAGUGACAAGAAGUCUGAGGGAACGCUGUUGUGGACCGACGGUACACCACUGGACCACGACCAAUCAGGCUUGUACUGGAAUAAAGGCAAAGUGUCAAACAAAGAGAAAAAAGAUUGCGCCAAAAUGAACAAGAAUGGCAAUUUGAUCAUGAAAAGAUGUUCUGUAAAAGAAACUUACGUUUGUCAAAUUCCUUUAACCUUUCCGCCACAGUGUAAUGAUGAGCGCCCUGACUGUGGAAGUCUUUUGACAGACCAACCUGAAUUUUGUACCAAUUUUCGUGGAUAUGCCGUGCGAUCCUGUGCCGCCACCUGUGGGUUUUGUGAGACGUCACCGUAGAGAGUUUAUAUGUAAUCUGUCCGAGUGUCUGUGAUAGCAGGGAUCUGAAAUCGAUUUUUUAGGGAAGAUCGCAAAAUGAUGCAUAAUGAAAAGAAUGCUUAAGGAAUACAGUAAAAAUAGGAGCAUUUCUAUUUUUUGGGUAACAUUAUCGGAGUCGAAUAACCGAAAAAAAAACGACUUUUACAACGAUCUUUGUUAACACGAUCGUAGAGAAAAUGGUUUUGGUUUUAGAAUUUUUACCCCAAUAAACGAAAAACCCUAUUAAACGUUACCCGAUUAAGUGGAAUGUACUGUAUAAAGUAUGUAUACAUUCAGUAAGGCCCUAGAAGCGUGUCCUUUCUUCGUGCAAAUAUCAUGUUAUUAACAUGUGUAAAUACAGCUAUCACAUUAAUUUUAAUCACAAACCUUUUUUUUUAUUAUUAUUUUUAUUUUCAGUUUAGAUAUCAUGCAUUUUAUUGUUUGUAUUCAUUGCAUCACAUCGAACUGACAUCAAAGAGACUUUCGAUAAAUAUUAGUUAAUUAGAUUUGAAGGAAAACAACGACACCAGCUAUAUAUUUAUCAUUGCCACGUCACAAAGGAAUAUAAUUUAAAGGCAGAACAGGAAAAUGUUUCUCAGCGUGAACUAGUUCACAAAUAUGAUUUUCCAUUAUUUUACUAAAUUGAUUAUUAUAGCUCAGUGACAACGUCAAAUAAUGUUAAUUCAUCCUUCAUGUGUAAUUACUUUAUAACAUCUGGGUAUACUUUUUAUUGUGUUUACUUUUAUGUGUACUUAUACAUUAUAUGUUGUACAUUAUCGGACAACAUUAAGACAUAUGUAUUGUAAUUAAUCCAGCAUUUCUAUAAAUUGAUAAACACAAUAUUUGUAUUACUGUAUGUACAAACCAAGUGUUAAGCCAGAAACUACCAAUCUGUCGUAACUGUUUCUAAUCUAUAUUGCCCACAUCUAUCAAUGUAUCAAUGUAUAAACAUUACGAUUUACCGGACUGUUCAUUACUGAAACACUAGUUGUAGGAUGGUGUUGAGGUCAGAGUUGUGAUUUGGUUCAUGAUACCGUGAGUUCGAUGCUAGGUGAUUUAGUGCCACAGAAAGUGCUUUUAUAUGUCUCAUUGUUAUUUACUUGUAAGUCAAUGUAUAAAAUCUAUAUAAUGUUUUGUUUAAUUACAUGUAUGGUAUUAUGUACAUGUAAAUAAUGUUUUGUUUAAUUGCUUGUAUGUCAUUAUGUCGGUAGAACACAUGCAAGACCAUUCUACUGUAAACGUUCUGAUUUGGUGCAUUCAUUGUUUCAUAUUCCUAAAGGACAAAAGUAAUGACGAAUGAGCCUUUUCACAUAAUUUGCAGUAGACUUAGCAGGCAAAAGCAUCAUUGGCUAAAUCAAAAUUUAGCGUAAUGUUUUUAGAGCAAAAAUGUUUCCAAACAAUAGCGCGUUUGCAGAAUGUACUUUCAAUUCACAAUUGAACACUAUACUUUUUUCUGAUCUUUGUUUUACUGGACGUGUUGGUAAUUACGUGUACAAUGGUCAAUAACCCUUAAUCGGUCAUCAUGGGGGCUAAUAUUUCAUCUGAAAUAAAUCAUUUAUAAUUAAAUUUGAAAACGAUACACAAGAAAACAUUAUGUUAUUUUAAAUUUCAAAAUAUAGCUUAAUUCUAUUUAUACAUGUUCGACUGUACAUAACGUGUAUUUUGUAUAAUGAACAUUCUCUUAAAAAUAAUAAAAACAUACAUUUGUAUGAAUGC